AUGGAAGUUGAGCUCGACGAUUUCGGGUCUCCAAGGCCAGAAGAAAAACCAGACUUUGCUCAGCUAGCUUCACUUCCGCCUAGCGAAAAAUACUACACCGAAUUCUGUGGCCAGCAGAUCUUCAUUGAUUCUUCCGACUGGCGGCACAGCAAAAGGCUCCAGUUUCAAAUUGCCGCGUCGUACUGCAAUUUCAUUCUCUUUGGGUUGGCGGAACAGACCGUGGGCACUCUAAUUCCCAAGCUCCAAGACCAUUAUCACAUUAAUGACAUUCACACGUCAUACAUCUUUCUAGCGCUGACUCUGGGCUACUUUGCCAUGGCGCUUCUUUCCGAGCAGUUUCACCGUGCGUUGGGUUACAAGGGCGUUUCUAUGAUGGGAACGAUGUGUAUGAUGAGUGCUUACUUAGUUGCCAGUCUAGAACCGCCGUAUUUCGUUCUUGUCAUCGGCUACGUGUUCAGCGGCAUCGGCUUUGGGUCCUUGGACGCGAGCUUGAACGCAUGGAUGGGCAACUUGGUGGACUCGAACCAGCUUUUGGGCAUUUUGCAUGGGUGCUAUGGGAUUGGAUGCAUGAUAUCUCCACCUCUCAUCACGCAUUUGGUGGAGCGCAAGAAAAACCCAUGGCCGUGGAACGCAUACUAUGUCGUCUUGACGGCAGUGGCUGCGUCGUGUUUUGUGUUUUUUGCGGUGACGUUUCGAGACGAAACACCACUCAAGUUUCGGUUCCAAGUUCUCCUCAACGAGGAGCGAAGAAGAGAGCAGGGUGAAGGAAAUGCAGAGUCCAAGGCUGACCAGGAGUCGCAAGACAGCGAUGCUUCGUAUGUCCAUGUUAGGGUGGAGGAAUAUUCUGCCGACAAACUAAAGGGAAAGAAUCAAAACUCUGAGGUCGAGGACUCUCCUAACUCGGGCAAUCACAAGCAUGCUGUCUCAGACUCUACUAACUCGGGAAACCACAAGCAUGCUGUCUCUGACUCUCCCGACGCCCGCACUUCUGUAGACUACCAAGAAAGCACAAGUUCGGCCACGCUUUUGGGUGCCAAUACGCAUUCCGAAAACCAUUUCGAAUAUUCGGAACCGGAAGACUCAGAUCUGUCUGCGUCACUCAGCUCCGCACUCAAAUCGCCUCUCGUGUGGUUUUUCUCCACCAUCAUGUUUCUCUAUGUCGGCGCUGAAGUCGCUUUUGGCGCAUGGCUAGUGACGUUCUUGGUUCGGAUCAAGCUAUUCCCGUACAAGCAGGCAUCCUACAUGGCCACCACAUUCUGGACAGGCUUGACCGCAGGCAGAAUUGGGUUGGGCUUUGUCACAGCACAUUAUUUCCUUAGCGAACUAGCAGCAAACUGGACCUACAUUGGCAUGUCCGUCUUGGGCCAGCUUCUCUUUUGUGUUUUCGCCUUCACCCCAGCCACAGCGGUUCUUUUCGUUGUUGUUUUCGUCACAGGCUUGUUUGUCGGCCCCAUUUUCCCAACGACCAUAGUUUGUGCCCUCGAAAUCUUGCCGGUCAAGUACCAUGCCACAGGUGUUGGGUUCAUUUGCGCUUUUGGAGGCGGCGGCGGGGCCAUGCUUCCGUUUUUGGUGGGGCUAAUCGCAAACCAGAGCGUCCUGGGCCUCCAGUUCUAUCCGUUUGUGAUUUUGGCCAUAUAUGGCGUUUUAGUGGUGGCGUGGCUGGUCCUCUACUACCGUUACAGACACAUCAAACGGCGUCUUUUGGUUUAA